AUGCGCAGCAAUAAAAAGGUGAAACCAAGCCAGUGGACACGCUCUCAAGAUCACAUACAAACCUCUUUCUCUCUCCCUCUCUCUCUUUCUUUUUCCCCCUCUCCUUUCGUUGUGCUACCUGAGAUGGCCAAGACAUCAUCGACUCCCCGCAAGGUUAGCUGCCUUCCUUGUAGGUUAAAAAAAGUCAAAUGUGAUGGUCAAAAGCCGUGUCAUCGUUGUCAACAAAAGCAUAUCGAAUGCUCUUACGCUAAACCUGCACCUGUGGGUCGUCCACCUAAAAAUGCCGUUGUCAACAAGCUUGUUCUUGCAAGGAGUGAUGCCCCCGCUGCUUACUUUUCUUCCACUCUUUGUAAAGAAUUUAUCUUUGAGCAUAUCUCUUAUGGCCAUCCAGGCACUCAAGGCAACUAUGCACCUUAUCUCUAUGACAACAAUCGCAAAGACAACGAACCCGGUAUCAGAAUCUGGGUCAAGAGCAUUUAUCAGCAAUACUUUGGCGGCGACAAUGUAGCAACCAAUGCCAUUACAGCGAGACACGACAUGGACCCAUCCAAACUUGCCGGUGCUGUCAAAAUGUAUGACUUGUUGCAGCAUUUCACUUGGACUACUUCAGACGUCGUCAAUAUUGUCAUUCGGCGAUUCAGUCGGCUAACGCUAUUGAGCUAUGUGGAACCAGCAUUUACAAUGUGUGGAUUGGCACUCGAUAAAACACAGGACUUCUUCGAUGGUCAUCAGGCACCUCCUAUCAACCCACUCAAUUCAUUACCACCUCAACAAGCAUUACGAUUGAUUGAAUGCUUCUUUUCUAUUCAUCCAUACUCCAACUUAUUCAACAAAACCAUGCUAUUACAAAGCUAUUGGACCGAUAGUGCUGAUCCCUUCUUGAUGACUAUCAUUUAUGGCACAACCGCUUACAUCUCUCAACUACUCGAUGGCAAACCUUUAUCUCUAUGGGAGACCUCUUUAUCCUCAUCGCAACGUAAUCCAUUUCUUGAUUAUGCAUAUGUCUUGAUUGAUAAGGCCAACACUGAAGUCUCGCUUAGCCGAUAUCAAGCUGUUGUUGUCCUUGCACUAUUUGAAUCUCAAUUUGGAUACACCAAACGCGGCAUGACGCUAUUUGCAUUGAGUUACAUGAUGGCAGCUCGAAUGGGUAUCUUGGAUGGCACUUACAAGAAGCGACAAAUGACCGACGUGGAAGAGGAAUUAUUGUUGAUGACUUAUUGGGCUUCCUACAACAUGACCGUUCGUGGAUGUAUCGAAUUGGAUCAGGUACCACGUGAGGUGAUUGGCAAAUUCAGUCGUUCAUUUCCACCAGCCUCCAUCCAUGAUUCAGCUUCAUACAAGUUUGAUCGCGCCAAUGGCAACUUGCGCAUGUUCAAAUCAUAUCAUUACCUUGUCGAGACAUACUUUACCGAAUCCGUCAUCACACAAUACAGCAGCCGGCUAUUCAUGUACUUUCCCGAAUCCGAUUACAACCUAUUCCGCGUCCCCCAAUACAUCAAUGCAUUGUCAUCUCACAGCACAGCGCUUUCGGCUCCCAUCAUUGACAUUGAACAAGCGCUCAAGAAUGUAUUGAUCAACUUUGAAUCCUUCAUCCACGAUCACAAGCAUGAAUGGUCACCUCUGCAAGUCUUCUCCAUUGAAUCAACAUGCCUAUUGUACAAGAUCCAUUUCUCAUUCUUGAGACUCUAUGUGAGCACAGCACGAUUACAACCUGACAACCGAUUGGGAUUGGCUCCCAUAGCAACACGCUCCGAUCGACAUACAGAAGAUACCCUCGAUUUGGAUGAUAUUGAUGUGAUUAUUCGCUUGCAUUCGGUAGUGCCGAUCGCUGUCGAGAUCUUGGACAAGAUGAAAGUAUUAUUGGAUAACCCAGCCAAUUAUUGUUGUCAUGCCGAAUGGCUACCACACGGCUUAAUGGCGUCAUGCCUCGAGACAAGUGCACGGAUAUUGAUGCUCAAAUAUCGUCGAGAUCCCUGGGAUAUCAAGACAUACAACCAUCUCAAAACGAUGCAUAAGGUCACCACUUACCAAAUAUGGAUUGGAUGGACAGCUAUUCAGACUAUUGAAAAGAUGCUCAACGACUUUUUCAAAACGUAUCCAAUUGCACCUGUGGGAGAAGAACAUCAUGUCGACAACACGACAACAAGGAUCAUCGAUGACAAUAAUUACCCUGUUGAUGACAAUGAGCUGGCCAUUCUCACGUCAACGAUUCAAAUCCCAAUCGAAAUGUAUGACUUCAUCAAUAACAACAACAACAGCAGCAGUGUGGAAAAUGAUAGUUCAAGUGGUGGAAGAUCAGCAACGCCGUAUUCGGAUGGCAGCCCUGGAGAGGUCCUUGGCUUUGAUACCACAAUGACCACAAGAGAGAAUACAAGGACCUUGUCAAUGUCACUGGAUCCAUGGCGAUUUGCACAAAGACCACGUUCUGAACCACAACUAGUAGAGUUGGAACAAGAGGAUACGACAUGGCUGGAUGAAAUGUUACAAGCAGGAAACGAUCAACAGGAUUCCCUGAAUGCAUUGCUUACUGGAGAUAAUGGAUUGCUCAAUAGCCUUUUAUGA